UAUUGAACCGUGCGGCUGCGCAGUAGGACUUCAGUGAAAAACAUGGCGAUAGGAGAAUGAGGCCGCUAUUGCUAUAACAGUUAUUGUACACAGCAGUGUGAUUUUAUUAUACAUCACAGAGACAGGUUCAAGACAGAAAGAUGUCUCGACACAGAAAUGUUCGGGGUUAUAACUACGAUGAAGAUUUUGACGACGAUGACACAUGUGGACAGUCUGUUGAUGACCACUGUGUAUCACCGACUACAGCUGCAGAGUUAAUCUAUUCCAAGCACGACGAGCCCUCUGUCUUAAGAGAGCCCCUUGAAGAGAAGGAGUGUGUGGUUGAGGAGCGGGAGGUACCCGCUUUUUCACCCAGCAUGAAUCAUGAAGAACUUAGUGAAGUAGAUCAAGCUCGUUUGUAUUCAUGCCUUGAUCAGAUGCGACAGGUCCUUGGUGACUCUGUCCCGGAUCCUAUUCUGGUGGAAGCGGUUCUUAAGGGCCGGUUUGAUUUACAGAAGGCCCUGGACCUCAUGUUAUCUGAAGAAGGCAAGAAGACAUCAAGUACAAGAAUCCAGAGAGAGAUCUCUACAGGGAAAGCUGCAAAAGGAGACCUAUUUUCUUCAUCAAAAUUUGGAAUUUCUAAGCAUGAUGGGCCAUUGCAUAAUACAGAAACUUCAUCAUCUUUGGAUCUUAGCAGUCUUUUAGCACAACUUGAGUUACCAGCAGUUGUUUUAACUGACAGACUUUCCUCUACAAACCUUAAGAUGCACUGUUCUGAUGAGGGAGGAUCAAAGACUUGCCAAAACAAUUUCUUGAAUCUCUCACUGUCUGAACUGAAUAAUGCGUCAUUUAAAAAAACAGAACAUGAGAGCACAAAAAGUAACUCACUGGGGAAAACCAAUCUCGCACAGUUGAUUUCUAACCAUGAGCGUGACAGUCAAAGAGGUGUUCAUUUUACUCCUUUGGCUUUUGCUGGCUGUGCUACUGCAGUGCCCAAGAGUAAAUCAGAAAUGUCAGAUCCAUCAUUGCCUCAAAAAGUGGCGCUUUCAGACACUAGUGCAGAAAUGGGCCCCAGGUAUACCUCUGCCCUGGGUAGCCUAACUGAUUUUAAUACCCCCUUUCCCAAUACCAACUGCUUGCCUUCCUCUCUGGGCACUUUGACUUUGACAAGCAUGCAAGAUCCAAAGCAAAACCUGAAACCUGAGGCAUUUGGCAGUCUCCACUCAGUUUUUCAGAGCAAGCCCUUAGAUAUUACUAGUGGAAAUAACAGCUAUAAAACACAUGGUGGAAGCCCGUCCCUGGCAGACCUCAUCCAGGAGCAUACAAAAACUAGUCUGAGUCCUUACGAUACCCUGCAUGACAGCCAGGUCAUGCCAGUGGCAGAAGACAGUAUACCUUUGUCCUUUGCCUCUCUAUCAUUGUCACAGUUAGCUUCUCAACACGAGGCCAAAACUGGUUCUCUUCCACUAACAGGAACUUUGUCUUCAUUACUGACUCCUGUAACUACCAAAGCCAGGGAGCAAGAAAAUGUGUGUCUGUCCAGCUUGAUUGCAGACAGUGUUGAGAGAGCCCCAGAGACUUGGUUAAUGAAUAAUAAGCAUGAUGUCCUAGAGUCGCAGCCCUCUGUGGGAUUGGAUUUGAGUGUAGAUUUGAGUAUGCUUAUCCAGAAACCACCUGAAGUAGAAAUGACAAAAAUCGUAUUGUCAAAGUCAAAAGAUCAAAAUAUAAACCCUUCUGGUAACAGUCAAUCAUUUUGCAAGGGCAAAACAGGGCAAGUGUCUAAAAGGCGAACCAUGACUGUCUCUUGGUCAAAAGAACUAAUUGCUAAACCCUCAGUAUUUGCCUUGGCUUUGUCAGUUCAGUGUCCUCCCAGGGGCUUCAGGAAACAAGUACUUGGUAUUCAUAAAGCAUUCUUGUAUGGCAAGCAGAUUCAAGUGGUAAAAAGAAAAGACCAGGGACCUCUGUUUAAAAUCGCACCAUUUGACUUUCAGACACCUUCUCCAGAUGAUAUUAUAAAAGCUAAACAAAAGAAGGCUUUUACCAGAUAAAAAGUAUGACAGUUGUUGUAGUGAUUUUUAGUUCAAUUUUGUUACCUAAAUGAUAUUUUACUUUUGUCUUGCAUUUUUGUACUAACAUAUCUUCAGGGGUCUAAUUUUUAUCUUAAAGUUUUUCUUACUAUUUUUAUUUUAUUUUUUGUUUUUAAACAAGGUACAGUACCAGCAUUUUUGCUGUUUUUAACUAAAUGAAAAGUGUAAGACCUUAAUCCUUAAUUGAUGACAAAUCUUAAUGAUAGGAUUGUACUUCUAUAAAUGCAGUACUUACAAGUUCACUUCAAUCUGUGUGUAAUUGUAUCACAAUUGAGUAGUUUCUCCACUUAAAGAAAUGCUUCUAAGGUUUAAUGCUUUUUUGUGCAAAAGAAAUUUUGGUUCUUUAUACAGAAAUUUGCAGUUAUUGAUAGAGAUUAAAAUGUGUUGCUGCUUCCCGAUGCCUAAUCACUCCAUGUGUUGUAGUUCACACUCAAUUCAAUGGUCAAGCUGCAAGGUACCAGGUUGCAGCAGUUUAUCUUUAAAAGUAGUUUUGUAGCAUUUUGUGUAGAUUUGCAUAUCCUGAAUUAACAAAGUCAAGAACCAAAAAAUUCUUAGUGCAAUAAAAUGGAUUCAAACUUAGAAGAAAAUACAUGCAUUUGUUACUUACCUCUCUUUUUAAUAUAUUUUUCCGAAGAAACAUAUAACCCAAAAUAUUUUGUAAUUGAUUUUAUAGUUCAUAGAUUUAGAUUUUCAUCAAAAUCAUGGUCAUGAAAUAACUAGACCUACAUGGUUAAACUUCAGGAAUUUUAAAAUAAGAUAUAAAUUACAGACAGCAUCAUAUUUUCCCUUGGAAUAAGUCAUACAGUAGGCAAAGAGCAAUUUACGGUAAAGCUGAGAGUUCAUAAGUGUGAACAGAUGGGACGAAUCAGCUGCUCUUUGCAUGUGGUUUACAGAAAAAGAAAUGGUGAUAACAUUUUGUUAAUAUUUGUAUCUGCAGUAUUUUCUGAAUAAAUCCAAAAUGUGAGUGUCUUUUUUAAAGUGUAACAUUCCUAACACACACAAUAUUUUUGUUUUUAAUCUGGUGUGUAAUACUACUGUAAUCAUGAUACUUCUAUCUUGUUUUAAGGCACUGAAGCAAAUUAAUUUAACCCUGUGUGAUAUUCUAUUUUUAUUUCUUAAAAUCUUCCCUUUCUUGUGUUGACCCAUUGUUGGACUAUCGCUGCCAAUGAAAUCUAUGUAUGGAUUUUGAGAUAUAUCUUAUCUUAUUUCCAGUCGUACAUUCUUUAAUACAACUUAAAAUAGCUGACAUAAAUGUAGCAUAAGCAAGAUGUUUCAUCGGUGCUCUGUGGAGGGUAAAAGCAUAUGCAUGAGCUUUAGAUAUUUAAGUAAACUAAUGGAUAGUGGUUGGAAACAUGAGAAGAGCUGAAGAGACUGCAAACCACAGUUAAAUGUUUUAAAAGAAACAAAGACUUUUCACAGGUGUAAAUUCAUUGGAAAUAAUGAACAGGUGACGUAAUCUUUUGGUUUACCACUGAGCUGAAGCAUUAAGGCUUUCAUGGGUGGGGGCACCUGGAGUUUCUCACGCAUGCAGAAUUCAAACCUAAAUCUGUUUAGUUUUGCUAGUUUCUAAAUAGGUGUAGAUUUUUCUUUUUUUUUUAAAUAAGAUUAUAAUUUAAUGUAAAUACUACAUCUAAUGAAACAGUAGUUCUGUUUUUAUAUAUUCUGCAUUUAGGGUUUGUGUUUCACCAGGUGACUACGGCAGCUUUGAUAGAAACUAGCAUUAAGGUAACUUUUUUAUUUUUUAAAAGUGAACAGACACAAUAUAUCAGUUUCUUUAUGAUAUUUAAAAGCUAAAGUGAUUUGUUUGUGGUGUUCCAUUCCUUUAAUUGUUUUUCCUUUUUUUAUGUCUGAACACUUAACAGUAUAGUAUCUGUGACCUUUUUUAUUGUAUGGAUUAGUUUAAAACAAGUACUUAUGUACAUGGAAUAGUACCAAUGUCUGGUUCUAGAGAUUUAAAAUGUGUUGUUAUGCUUGCAGUUUGUCAAAUAUUGCAAUAAAAAUGAAUUACAGA